AUGGAAGCUGCCUCGUCGCCCAUGAAACGACGCGCCGUGCUCGGCUCUCUGGACGCGAACGCGGCGCUGUCAACAACACCAAUCGCAAGCAAAAUGAUCAUGAUGGGAUCGUCAAUGCUGUUGACGCCGUCGGCUCUGCUAGUGAGCAGCCCAUUGAUUGGGAGCGAGUCGUCAAAGGGGAAGAAGCGGACUGCGGGGGAAGACGACGAGGAAGUGGUGGAUGAGAGUCCCGUGCCGAAGAAGACGUGUGUUGAUGGGCUGAAACAAGAACAACAAGACGUCUGGCCUGCGCGUCUCGAGACAAGUUCCCUGUUCGAUAGCUCGGCCGGAGAUGCUUCCUGGACGACGGCAACAGAGCCAGAUGCAACAGCGACCACAACUUUGCUAGCUGCCACGAGGCCUCGAGCUUUGACUAGGGAGCAAGCCAGAGAGGCGUCACUUCCGCCCGUUCAGAAGGCAGAAAUCCUCCGUCUACGCCUCGGCCUCGCAGGGUACAAGCUGCGCACCGGCCAAACCUCCGUCCCCCUCUCCCAACUCCAGCGCAAGCCCCUCCCGCCAUCGACCACGACGCGCAGACGAGCGAAUACAUUUGCCCACGCGGCACGGACGAAUACACACACUCGGGUUCGGAGCGUGGACUCGAUCCCUCAUGUGCCGGCGUUGUCGCAGGAAUCGUCAGUGCUGUCGGUUAGAUCAGACGCAGCAGUGACGGUGGCUGCUUCUCAGGAGAGCGUCGUGGUGGAAACAAGAGGCAACACGCCUGAUCAUGUCGCCGGGAAUGAAGGAGACAAGGCUGUUUUUCUCGCUAUCAGUGAUGUAGAUUCUCCUUCUAGAGUCUUUUUGUCAAGUCCAGCACCGGCGCCGGUAUCGUCAUUAAGGAGCACUUAUACGGAGGAGGUGGAUAAACAGACACACAACUCUUUGAAUGAUGAUGAUGACGAUGUCAUGGCGGCAAAGACAGGGGGGCUUACACGCAGCGAAUAA